AUGGUUCUUGGAACAAACUCUCAACCAGUUCAACCAGAAUUCUCUGCCAAAAUACCAAUAUAUUCUGAUAACCCGAAAUUUGGGUACUUGACUGAAGAGAUACUUAAACCUGUACCAGGAGACCCUCAGGAACGAAUCUGGAAAGAGGAAGACUCGUUGUUGAGAUCUGUUCUAAUUAAUAGUAUGGAACCCCAAAUUGGCAGACCGUUACUCUAUGCUGCAACUGCCAAAGAUAUUUGGGAUGCUUAUGCAAAAAUUGAGGAAGCUGAUCGUGUAUAUGACUUCCUUGCUGGGCUAAAUUCGAAGUUCGAUGUCGUUUGGAGUCGGAUUCUGGGGCAACGUCUUAUACCCUCUCUCAUGGAAGUUUGCUCAGAAAUACGUUUGGAGGAAGACAGAUCAAGUACAAUGAAUAGCCCAGUAAUUACCUUUACUGAUACUGCUGCUUUUGCCACUAAGUUCUCCAGCUUUGACGGCGAUAAGAAGCCCACUUCUGUCUGUGAGCAUUAUAAAAAGUUGUGGCAUAUAAAAGACCAGUGUUGGAAGCUAUAUGGACGACCUCCGAAUAGUAAACGUCGCUAG